AUGUCGAUGACAGCGUCCCAACGCGCGCUUGACUACCUCGAGCAACUGCCUGGCACGACCUUCACAAAACUGUACCAGCAGCCCUCAACUGCCUUGGCCAUCUUCAGACGCAUGCUGCCACACUUGGCCAAGACGCUGGUGAUGGCGAUGCUGUAUAUGCCGGAGCCCUUUGCAACUACCAGUCUGGAUACGUGGGUGAAGGGUGAUGCUGAGAGUGCGCAGGCCAAGGAUCGAGCGUUGUCGAUUCUGCAGCGGCUGAGGAUCUUGUUCGACGCACCGGACGCGAAAGGCAGGUCCGGCAUUCGAUUGUCGGAGCAGUUUGCAAAGUCGCUCAGGGCUGCUUUGACCGGCGGUGGAGGCGAGCAUAGGAGCUUUGGCGUGCCGUGCAGCACGGCUGAUGCUACGACUGUGACAGUGGAGGUCCUGGACACUUUCGCCAGGCGGCAGUGGGAGGCGAUCCUGUACUAUGUCGUGGGAAGUGCAAAUACUGGUCUCGGCGGAGCGGCGAACAUCAGUCAAGGCACCAAGACAUUACUUCAGAAAGGCAACUACGUGCGAGGCACUGCUCGAGCAACGAGCAUUACACAGCUCGGCUUCACCUUCCUACUACAAGAAGUUAACGCGCAAAUAUGGGAUCUACUAAUCGUAUACCUGAACUACUCAACCGAGUUACGAAUGGACCCAGUAGACGUCCUCUCCUUCCUCUUCACCCUCGGCUCCCUCGAACUAGGCAUAAGCUACAGCACCUCAAACCUCACCCCAACCCAACUCCAAAUGCUCGAAGACCUCUCCGACUUCGGCGUCGUCUACCAACCCCCCGAAGACAAAACCCGCUACUAUCCAACCCGACUCGCCACGACCCUCACAAGCGACGCACCCGCCCUUCCCAACAGCAACCUCUCCUCCACAACCACCACAAGCACCACCACAGACACCACCACCUCUACCGCCUCAAACAUCCCCUCCCAAAACGAAAAGGGCUACAUCCUCCUCGAAACAAACUACCGCCUCUACGCCUACACCACCUCCCCCCUGCACCUCAGCCUCCUCUCCCUCUUCUGCGCCCUCAAAACCCGCUACCCGAACCUCACAACGGCCAAAAUAACCAAAAAAUCCAUCCUCCGCGCCCUCGCCCUAUCCAUAACCUCGGACCAAAUAAUCACCUACCUAACAACCCACGCCCACCCCCUCAUGCGCCUCUCCACCCCUACCCUGCCACCAACCGUCGUCGAUCAGAUCCGGUUAUGGCAGUUAGAAGGGGAAAGGAUGAAGAGUUGGAAUGGCUUUUUGAUCAAAGACAUCGGGUCGCAGGAAGAGUACGAGAAGGCGGUACGGAUGGAUCAGAUGACGGGGUAUUUUCGGGGGGUUGCGGUCAAGAGGAAGGAGGCGAUUGCUAAGAGGGAAGCGGAGAUGAGUGUUAAGAAGGAGGUUUUGUGA